AUGGCCUCGUCAGAUAGCCAGACCACGGGGACUAAGGGCGUGUCGGAGGGAAGGACGAGCCGUGGUGCAACGUGGACGGACGGGACUGGUUCGGGUAGCAUUGGAGAUGAUAAACCUCCGCCAUCUGGAUGGGGAGUACGUAGUGAAGAUGGGUGGGAGGUGCUUGCGUCAGAGAGAUCAUUGCGAACGAUCAACCCCAUUCGCAACCUCAUUCAGAACAUUGAGGUGAAGCCCAACCCGGAUAAGGAACUGAUCAAGCUGUCGAUUGGAGACCCGACUGUGUACGGCAACCUGAAAGCUUGCGAGCAUGCGAAAAGGCGCUUUUGUGAGGUUAUCCAAAGUGAUAAGGCCAAUGGAUACACUAUGUCAAUGGGGUCCGAAGAGGCGAGGGUUGCAGUUGCUAGACGGUACACGACGGAUGCGUCACCUUUGACGUCAGACGACGUUGUUCUAACCGGCGGAACGUCUGGUGCUUUGGAGACAGCAAUUGGGGCCAUUGCGAACGAGGGCGAUAAUAUCCUGCUGCCACAACCGGGAUUUCCAUUGUUUAGAACUAUCGCAGAGGGCUACGGCAUUGAGUGUCGGUACUACAAGACUAACCCGGAUAAGAACUGGGAGAUUGAAUUCGGGAGCUUGGUGGAGAUUGCGGAUGAGCGGACACGGGCUAUUGUUGUGAAUAAUCCGUCCAAUCCGUGCGGCUCUGUUUUUUCUCCGUCCCAUAUCGAGGACUUGAUGGCAACGGCAUCUAUGCUGAAAGUGCCAAUCAUUGCUGAUGAAGUGUAUGCAGAUAUGCUUUUCUCAGAAAGCGAGUUUACGCCGAUGGGAAGCAAAUCUGUUGAUGUUCCAGUGUUGAGCGUGGGCGGUAUCAGUAAGCAGUUUGUAGUUCCUGGGUGGCGUCUGGGCUGGAUUCUGAUUCACGAUCGCAACGACGUAUUGGAGAUGGGCGGCGUGCGGAAAGGCAUCCGUCAGCUGACGACGCGCAUGCUAGUCCCCAAUUCUCCGGCACAAGCAGUUCUGCCGUCCCUUCUUGCGCAGGGCGUGGAGGACCCGGCCUUCAAGGCUGUGAUGGAAGAGCUUAGGGAGAACGCAAAAUUCACAAUGCAGGCUCUAGCAGGUGCGCGCGGGUUGAGGUUGAUCGAGCCGCAAGGGGCUAUGUAUGCGAUGGCGGAGGUUGACGUUGGUCUUUUGGGGUUCAAGGAUGACAUGGAAUUUACCGAAAAGUUGCUGGAGGAGGAGGCGGUGUUUGUGCUACCAGGGCGCUGUUUCCAAGCCAAGAAUUUUGUACGAAUCGUGUUUGCGGCCCCGAAACAGACUCUGUCGGAGGCGUUUUUCCGCAUGCGAUCAUUUUGCGCCAGGCACUCUGGGAGUCUGUAG